UGGUCAGGUUGUUGGAUCAAAGUGGAGAGUGAAACGCCCCGCUUUGAGCAGAGUCUUUCCACAGAAGGAGAUCUUAGUUCAUCCAUGCUCCAACAGCAAAUGCUGAGCUGUGCUGAGACACCCUUGCUAAGUGCAGACAAUGCAAUGAUCAUCCAGACUUCCUCAGGUCUUCUCAGGCAUCAGGUGACUUCCAGUGGUGGGGAGGCACCCAAGAGCACUGAGAGUGGAGAGGCCAUUCACGCUGAGAAGAAAACCUGCAUAUGCAGUGACUGUGGCAAAGUCUUUACUAGUACAUCUCACCUUAAUCGGCACCGGAUGAUACACACGGGAGAAAAGCCUUUUCAGUGCAGCGAAUGUGGGAUGUCCUUCAGCCAAAAAGCCUUUCUCAUUAAGCAUUUCAGAAUUCACACUGGAGAAAAACCUUUUAGGUGCAGUGAAUGUGGCAAAGCCUUCAAGCAUAAUAUCUCCCUCGUUUCUCAUCUGCGAGUUCACACAGGAGAAACACCCUUUACGUGCAGUGAAUGUGGGAAAUCGUAUAUGACCAGAUCGAACCUUACACGUCAUUAUCAAGUUCACACCGAUGAAAAGCCUUACAAUUGCAGCGAGUGUGGAAAAGCCUUUAAGGAAAAGUCCAGCCUUGUUUAUCACGCCCGAGUGCACACUCGAGAAAGGCCUUUUCAGUGCAGCGAAUGUGGGAAAUCCUUCAGCCAAAAAGCCUUUCUCAUUAAGCAUUUCAGAAUUCACACCGGAGAAAAGCCUUUUAGGUGCAGUGAAUGUGGCAAAGCCUUCAAGCAUAACUGCUUUCUUGUUGCUCAUCAGCGAGUGCACACAGGAGAAACACCCUUUACCUGCAGUGAAUGUGGGAAAUCCUACAUGAACAGAUCAAGCCUUUUGCAUCAUUAUCGAGUUCAUACUGGAGAAAAGCCUUAGAAGUGCAGUGGAUGAGGAAAACCAUUUAAGAAAAAAAAAAAAUCCAGCUGUGUUUAUCAUGUC